AUGCACUCCCACGCAGAGGGCACGUCGACUACGGCAGUGACGACAAAUGCGCUCCGAGGGCCGUGCGCGAUGGUGCACCGCGCCGUGUGCGCAGAGGCCAUUCGCGUCAUUUUUGCCCUUCGUUUCCUCUCGCGCGACGGAGUGGACGACCUCGCGGAGGAGCUGCAGCGCUGCCACUGCGUAGAUGCGUCACCGAGGACGCGUGCAACGACAUCUUUCAAUCGGCUGACAGCGCCAAAGGACGAAGGUGCUGAGGUCGUUCCAUCUCUGGUUGAAAAACAGUUGUCGCCGCUUCAUCGUCGAAAUGACGCUCACGCAGAGGACGGUAAUGGGCCUUCCUCUCUGUUCGAAAAAAGAAACGAUUGUAGAUUAGGUUCAGCGGCAGAGACGUUCUUUGCCACUUCCGCAGCAGCACGUAGCUGCAUUGAACGCGCUUCGCCGAUUACCCUGUGCACUGCUGCGCACUUUCUUCGCUGCAAUGCAUGGACGGCUGCUUCGCUGGUCGUUGGAACGACAUCUGAGGAAGACGGCAAGGACGAGAUACCCGCUUUAACGCCUCCCUUCCCAUCUUCUGCAGCCUCUCGAACUCUGCUAAGGCAGGCAUGUGCAGUGGAGCUCUUGCGCACGCGGGAGCCGGGAUGGUGUGCGACGGCGUUGGUGCGAUUUACGGAGUGGCUCCUGCGUGAAAAUGUUUCGCCCAACGUGCGAGACGAUCUCGCGCGGGCGCUGUCUCUGACCGAGUACGAGCGGCUUGACUCUUCAACACACAACACGGCUGGGGUACCGCCUGCGCUGCUACCUUACGGAAGCAGCCACCGCGCAAGGUGGCUUCUUUCUCCUGCUGACGCCGACGCUGAAGCCUCUCCAAGCCAGCGCAAUCUCUAUACCGAGGAGGUGGUUGUUCUUGACUCGCUGCCUUUCCUCUUCCCCUGGUUACGUGCCUCGCGCGCGGCUAGCUCGGAUAGCUUAAAUCAGGAAAUGGAAAACGGCCCGUGUGACCACCGUUGGUGCCUGGAGGACCUCCCUCAGUGGUGCGCGCGCGUCGCCUUGCAUCGGCAAGCGACAGCGUGGUACCGCCACCGAGUGCUGCGCAGUGCGGUACUACGUUGGCGCACGCGCCGCGGCUUGCGUGUCAUGACCUACCUGUCUCGCGCUACCGAGCACCAAACUGACGCGCUGGACGAUAUGAAAGGCGACUUAAGCGGCGGAACCUCCGAGACCCAUGGCCAGGAGAAAAGCCACCCUCCAACAACGGAGACGUCGCCCACCGCCUCGCCUUCCGCUGAGCGCUGUGCAGCUGAGUGCCAAACGGUCGAGACACAGAGCGAGUCUCUCGCGCGUCAGCCAACAGCGGCGAUACCGCGGAAUGAAGAGGAAAAAAGCAAGCAACUUGCCCAGCCUCAUCAAGUACCCGGCACCUUUGCUAUCGACACGACGGUCACCGCCGCAGCACCAUUUGCGCACGACGAAGCGAAGCAGCAGACGGACUUCUCUUCUGUGCCUGCUGUGACCCCCAGCGAUCCACCUCACGCGCAGACGAAAAGUAUGAACGCAACGUACGAGGUCUCGCUUCUGGACCGGGUCUUGCAACAGCACAACGGCAACGCACAACAUACCCCCAAGAAAGAUCACCGCAAGCUUUCCGAUGAAGAUCAUAGCAACGACGCUGCAGUCUUUCAUGGCCCCAAUCCCCAGUUUUCUGUGUCUCGAGUAGAGCAGCCGCCGUUCGACAAUACCACCCCUCCUUUGUCGUCUUCUGCCUCUACGGCUCCUCCUCCUUACACUUCAGCGACACGCAGUGCACCGAUCGGGGAAGAAACGAAUCCCAGUAAUAGCGAAGAAAUGUUGCCUGAACUGUCUGAAAGGGCCAUACACGCGCGAGAGGUGCAGUGCAUCGUACAAGCUGAACAAUGCCACCGUAUCACGAGCCUUCGCAGCGCUUUCUUCUUGUGGCGUGAUCGGCGCUUGUACGAGUCCAUGGCGAUGCGCUACGUCCACGGCCAACACUCCACCGGUGUCACGCGGCAGUGCUGGCGUAUGUGGAAGCAUCGGUGUGCCGCAGCCUCUCAGCGGCGAAAGGAGGCGCGCGAUGACGCAUUAAGCGACAUGGUGACCGAGCGGAAAGCCGUAGUGUAUUUUCGCAGGCUACUGCAGGCGUGGCGCCGUGCCGCGCUGGCUCGCCAGUUCCAACUGCGCACGGUGGGGAGUCGAGUCGUGUGCCGGUGGCGGUGCGAGAUGCGACUGGCGCAGUACCAACGGGCAGCGAGGCAACCUUUAAUCGGUGCGCUCCGCACAAAGCGUGAGCUGUGGCAGCGCUGGUGUGAUCGACGCAUGGACGUAGUGGCAGAUCAGCGGAGAGGCCACUAUCUUCUGAAGCGGACCCUUGCCGCGAUGCAGCGUCGAUGCAAGCAGCUGCAGGCGCUGCGUGUGGCGGCGGCUCUGUAUAACGGUGCUUUAAUGGCGCAGGUGUGGCGCGCCUGGACGACACGGCGCUCACGCGCAAGUGAGCUGUGCUCUUUCGCGCACUCCGUGAAGAGCGAGGAAAAGCUGCGACAACGCCUGUGGGCAUGCUGGCGCCGGCGCACGUUGCAGCGCGAGCGAAGCCGCCGCUACGAAGAAGAAGUCCGUCGGCUUUACUCCCGGCAGACGCUACAGCGCUGUUUCCACACGUGGGUGUCACGCUAUCAGCUCGAGGCACGAGUUCGGGGCUUCGUGGGGCGGCAUCGGCGUUCCUUGCUUUUGAAACCCUCCUUUGAAACGUGGCGUGUGCGAGCGGAGGUGCGCGGCGUGGUUCGUCACGGACAGGAGGAACUCGCGUGGAGGGUUGGGGAGCAGCUGAAGCGCAGGAAGGUGCUACGUGUGUGGCGCCGACGCGCCGUAGCACACGCGGCAGCGCGGAUGGCGGCUCGUGCGAUGGAAAUCGACGACGCGGCGCACCAUCUGGCACGACUGAGCCGUCUCGCCCGCACUUUUUAUCACUGGCGCACGCGCGGGUUUCUUCUGCGCCGCUAUCUUGUUGAUCGCCGACGGUGUUUCCCAGACACGGAACGGGCAAGACGUUCUCGGCCCUACGCAACAGCAGUCCCACCGCUGCUCGUUGCGGCGAUUGGCGAAAACGUCUCCAGCGGUGUGCGCGGCGUGGCGCAGGUGAAGGAGAAGAAAGUUGAAGAGAUGGAACUCUCUCCCACCACGACUCCGCUGCCGCCGCCACCACCUCCUCCGUCGUCGUCUCGCUCCGCCGCCUCCUCUGCGGCGUCACGGAAUCCCUCAGCGCGUGUUUCACCGCGCGCCGCACGUCGCAUGGCAGCGGCGGCAGCUGCAUCGCCCAAAGCAUCACGGCACUCGUCAAGGCGGUCACCGCCGCGACGCCGCGUCACGCCCGCUACAGUAGACGCGGAUGCGGACAGUCACAGCAGCGGUGCCGCAGCGCACGGGCACGUGCGACCUAAAAAAGAGGAUUCGGUAAGCGUUGUCAGCCCUCAGACGGCUGCUCCGCAUUCCGUUCUGGCAGGAAGAUCGCCGGCGGUGGUCGUGGUCACGCCCGAGACUGCUACCCUUCGCGGGAGACGCACGCUUGCCCUAGAGCGAAAACUCCUUGCUGCUCAGCGGCACCUUUCUCUUUCCGGUUUUGGUGUUUGCUUUCCUGCCACGUCGGUGGAACGGCUUCCUGCGUCGAGUGCGACCGUGCGUUCCCUGUCGGGGUCCGUCAGCGCGGCCACCGCCUUCCAUCCCCGGAAGCCUUCUCCCUCGACUCCAAGUGUCUACUUACAUUCUGUUGUUCGCUCUGCGACAGACGGCGCAAGCGGCAAACCGCGGUAUCGGUCGUCCUCUACGCUUUCGCCACCACCCAAUACCUCUCCUAUCGUCAAUAGCAGCGAUGCGGUCAGUGAUGUGGAUGGUGAGCUCCCCAUUCGCUCACACACCGCCACUCCUCUUUUUUCGCGGAAGACGACGCGCAGUAGUUCGUCAACGGCGCCGCUACGGACGCUGUACUCAGCGAGCGACUUGGUCGAGUCCCCUCCGCAGCACCCGCCUCGGCAGCUCAACGCAACAAGGGAGGGGGAUGAGCCCCAUCUCGAAAGCGAGCAGAGGUCACGAUUUGUUCCCCACACGUCAGCGAAUCGCUUGCUGAGUCAAAUGGAGCUGCUGCUGAAACGAGUCCGCGGCAUUGAAGCGGAGUAUCGAUCGCCCCCGACAGCGCAGCGUGGAACGGUGCAGCGAUGA